UUAACUUGUAUACAGAAUAUAUGUCAGUGGGAACUCUGCAAUAAACAAGUCGUGUGUAUUUACAUAUCGUUUAAAACAUUUCAUAACAAUGAUGAUUCCAAACGGGAAGUAAACGCCAUUCAUAUAAUGGGAAUGAGGAAAAAAAAUUAACUGUUGUCUAUAUUGUUUUGCAGACGAAAUAUUUUUCAACAUCCCGAGAUGAAGUUACUUAUUUCUUCAUGUUUAAUGAUUUGGAAUAUUGUUUUAUCACAGCUUGCUAAAGCGGGGGAUCCGGUGAUGGAAACAACAAAACAUAUCCAAAUCAGUAUAAUACAGGGUAAAACAGCAAUAUUACCGUGUAUGAUCAAUUUUAAUGAUGUAGACGAUGACGAAAGAAGAAAGUAUUCGGUCAUAUGGACGGACAGAAGAGAUCGUACCAUUAGUGUCAACGAAAAUGUAAUAAUGAACCCCAGGAAAUUUGUGAUUUCACACCCGUAUCCUAACGAAUGGAACUUACGUAUUGUGCGUGUACGCAGUACAGAUCACGGGGAAUAUAGAUGUCAAGUUAACUCAGAUCCUGUUCAGACGAAAUUUGUUGUUGUAAUUGUACAAGUUCCUCCUAGAAUACAAAGAUCAGAAGAUGUUGAAGUGAUGGAGACAGAAACGCUGACUAUAUAUUGUAAUGCAACUGGCAACCCUCCACCCACUGUCACGUGGUAUAAAGAUGGUGAAAAAUUACCUGGCUUUACUGGAGAGAAACUUGUGAUCGACAAAGCUUUGCGCAAUAAUUCUGGUCUAUAUAGAUGCGAGGCAAAAAACGGCAUUGAUCCGUCGAAUUCGGAAAUUAUUACAGUUAACGUUCUUUAUUCACCGACCGUACUGGUGGCUACAAGUCGUAUAAGUCAGUAUAGAUUUAAAUCUAUUGUUCUAAAUUGUAAUGUAUUAGCAAACCCUACUGCUACCAUCUCAUGGAUUAAGAAUGGACAAUAUCUACACGAUAACUGGAAAUACAAACAAAUGGAAUUCGAGCAAUCAGAUGGAAGUCAAUCACAUAAUCUGGAAAUUAGUUAUUUAGAAAGGUUGGACUUCGGUGACUACAUAUGUUUUGCGAUAAAUCAAGCAGGCUCCGAUUCAGAAGUUAUUUCUGUAACAGAAAUAACAACAAGUACAGUAGAUACAAAAUCAACCGUCAUGAGUGCGACACUGAAACCUAGCAAAACAACAAAGCAGAAAACUACUACCAGAAUAACUGAUUUUACAACGCCAUAUUUAGACAAAACCUCUUCAAGCAAAAUAUCGUUGUCGUCAUCUUCUUUAGAUAGUGUGAGUUACAUUCCAGGUAAAUCAGAUAUUGUUGCGGACAAUGCUUCUGUUCGGUUUUGCAGUGGAAACAUACUGCUGUUAAUAAAUGUGAUGCUAUGUUUAUACGUUGAUAUAUAAAACACUGUCAAGCAAAACUUCUCGGUAAAACUCUGUCAAAUUUGAGAUUUUUGGUACAAGAAACGUAAGAAUCCCUUGCCCAGAUGUACUUUUUUAGAGAAAAUCGACGCAUUUUGUGAUUUUGUAUUGACAAAGUGAUGAAAUGAGUUUUAGAUUUUAUACUACUCAAAGUUUACUAAGCACCAAGAGUAUUUUUGUACCUAUCUUAUGUUGUAUAGCAAAUAUUAUGUUUAUUCUGUUCUUAUAUAUGGCAUAGUGAUUUAUUAACAUCAUUAAGGAAUUUGUUACCAAUUGUAAUGUGUUUUCAUGUUGAUUUGUUUUGAUUGUAACGAAAUUGUGUUAAAGACGUACGUAUACGAUGGAAUUUGUGAAAAACUUAUUUGUGCCCCCAAAAAUCUUUGCAAAUAACUAAUUUUGCUUUAAUAGGGAGUAUGUGACCCAGUGUUGUCAUUGACAGCUUGGCACCGUCGUUGCAUACUCUCUAUCAGGUUUCUUAGGACGACUUGUGGGAUGGUGUUCCACUCGUCGGCAAGAGCGGCACCAAGCUCCUGGGUGCUUCUUGGCUGGACCUGACGGACUGAAAUACGGACCUGUAGCUCCUUCCACGCAUGCUCAAUGGGAUUAAGAUCUGGGGAUCGGGCCGGCCAGUCCAAACGAGUAAAACCCUGUCUUUCCAAGUACUCUUGGACGACAUUGGCUGUAUGGGGGCGGGCAUUAUCAUCCAUCAAAAUGAACCAAUUACCAAUUGCACCAGCAAACAUCCUUACCUGGGUGUUGAGGAUCUCAUCUCGAUGCCACUGGGCAGUCAAUGUGCCUCUGUCGAGGACAAUGAGGUCAGUACGUCCCAGCUGAUUCCACCCCAGACCAUUAUUCAUCCGCCGCCAUAGCGGUCGUGUUCCGGAAUGUUUGCUGAAUGGAACCGUUCCCCUGACCUUCGCCACACUCUAGUACGCCUAUCUCUGAAGUACAGGCAGUACCUUGACUCGUCGGUGAAGAAGACAGACCACCAGUCCAUCCUGCUCCAACCAACAUGGUCCAUGGCCCGAUCUUAUCGGAGCUGGCAGUGUUCUCUAAACAGCGGGAUUCGUAUACAUGGUCUUCUCGAUCGCAGAUUACUUUCAUGCAAACGUGUACGUAUGGUGUGUGCACCCUGAAGCAUUUUGAAGGUCUGAACGAAGUUGGGUUACAGUUGCAAAACGGUAUCUUCGUGCCUGGAUCACCAGGAAACGAUCCUCAGCCUCAGAAGUCACCCUUGUUCUGCCACAACAAUGUCGUCUAACAGGUCUAACAGGCUCGAGUGAUAACCGUAUGGUCCACACCAAACACCCCACCAACCUCACGAUGUCGAGCCCCCCUGCUCCACCAUACCAACUGCCACCACAACUCUGCUUAACAUUUGCAUUCGCCAUUAAUCAAUCUAAAAUGUUCUAUAUUUCAAUGGAAAAUGAAGAAUGAACACCCUUUACGUGUCGGUAUGUGUAUGCUGUGUCUAAUAAAGAAUAUCAAAAUACAAGGUUACCUUGUUUGCACUACUUGCACGAGGAAAUGGCCUGUCAUUCAAGGUUAAGUGUACACAGGGUACACUCUCGAUACAUUACUACACGAUUUACAAUGUAAAUAUCAUAACAUUAUAUGGUGUAGAAUGCAUCACAGACACUUGGGGUUAUGUGCAAGGCUCCCAUUCUUAAUCCGCAUUUGGAUACACCAUGUCUGUUUGUAUCCUGCAAACCGUACGUCAAAAUAUUUUUGCUUAUUUUUACGACCUAGUCACAUGUCUUGAACAUAAAACCUGUUUUCCGCUAUUUUGACAACGUUUAAAAAAGUCCCUAAAAUAUUAUAAUUUCAUAAAGAUAACGUACAAUUUCCUUUGAUGUGAGACGACUGGAAUGAGUUUCAGCACUUUCAUUUUUUGUGCUUUCAUUUUAAUGCCGAGAACCAGACAUGAUUCUCUAACGAAUAAAACACGUGCAAUUUUGUCAUGGAAUCAUCACAUCCAGAGGAAUUUCAUCCAGCCAGUUUGAUAACCACGAGAAAUUAUAAAGAAACAUAAUUCAAGUAAAAUGAUUUUUAAAUAAUGAAUGUAAAUGUCUUAAGGUAAAAAGAAAUAGAAUUGUUCUAUAUUUAUUAAUGUUUACCUUGUAUUUUCGCUCCCGAAAAUAUAGGCCAUGCGCACGUGUGUGAUACGAUAACAACGUACACUUUCAUUCAUAAAAUUUUUUAAAGAAAUUUUCUGUUUCCCUACGAUUUUUCCGCUGUUAGGUGGAGGAAACAUUCCAGUCAUUGAAAUUCAUGUAGGUCAGAUGUAUUUAUAUUUCGAAGCUUGGUAUCUUUAGGAAAUUGAAGCGUUGGUAAAAAAACGUUAUGAAAUUCUUUUCAAACUUGUUCACGUGUUAGACACUUAACUGUCUCAUACUAAUAUAAGUAAAAAUUUAAAACUAAUUCUUGUAAUAAAUAAUAAUUUUAGUUUUUAAUAUUCAGGGUCGGGGAAGGGCGGGGUCUAUACUCCAAGUGUCUGUGGAAUGCACGAUGCUAUGUGCUUAGCUUGGUGCUUUGAGUAGUAUAUUUUACAAACACAUACUUAGCGCUUUGUAAUAACGUCGAGAAGCGAUGAAUUAUGUUUGCUGAGAACUGUUUUAAGUAUCAUCAGUAUUCAUGCUUACGUAUUCCAGAUGAACUUACAUAAACGAUAAACGGAGUGAUAAAACAUGCAAUUUUUUAGUGUGUUUUUUUUUAAUGCAGAGACUAAACUGUUGUUCAUAUUGUUGUUGUCAUCAAGUAUUAUAUAUUAUCCAAGCAUUAUACAUGUAUACUUUUAGCAGAUAAAUCAAUGUUUGUGUUAUUUUUAUGAAGAUUCAAGUUUUGACGUAGUUAAACAAUUUUCAAGUGAACAAAUAAUUGUGAGAAAGUAUAAGGCACUACGUCACUAAUUAUCUCAAUUUUGUUUUAAAAAAAAUCUACCCUAGAUCUGUCUAUAAAUAUGAUAUCUUAACGAAAAGAAAGGAAACUCUUAUACAUGUGUUACCAUUUUGUAUGAUGAGAGCUAUAUUGAGCUCCCUUUAACUGCCUUAUCUCUUGUUUAUUUUGCGGCGUAGGCAGAUAAAGAUUAUUUGUUAAGGCGGAUUUCAUUGAUUCAGAGCUGCUGGAUUUUUUAUGCCCCCAAAGGGAGGCAUAAUAUAAUCGCAUCGUCCGUCCGUCCGUCUGUCUGUGCGUCCCCAAUUCAUUCGUGUCCGGACUGUAACUUUGUCAUACAUUGAGGGAUUUUGAAAUAACUUGGCACAAAUGUGUACUACAUCAAGCGCUUAGACGAUGUGUCGCGUCCAAGAACCACGUCCCUACCUCAAAGGUCAAGGUCACACUACAAUUUUUCACAUUAUCGUAAUUAGAGUAAAUAGGUACACACAUUCGUGUCCGGACUGUAACUUUGUCAUGCAUCGAAUGAUUUUUAAAUAACUAGGCAUAAGUGUCUACCACAUCAAGACGAUGUGUCGCGUCUAGAAUUACGCCUCUACCUCAAAGGUCAAGGUGACACUUAUAUUUUAUAUUUUGAAGUAUCACAUUAUCACAAUUAGAAUUAAUAGGUGCACACAAUCGAGUCCGGGCUGUGACUUUGUCGUGCAUGGAAGGAUUUUAAAAUAAUUUGGCAUAAAUGUUUUCAACAUCAAGACGAUGUGUCGCGUUCAAUAAUCACGCCCCUACCUCAAAGGUCAAUAUCACACUAACAUUUUGAAGUUUCACUUUAUCACAAUAACAAUUUAUAGGUACAUACAUGUGUGUCCGGGCUGUAACUUUGUCAUGCAUCGAAGGAUUUUGAAAUAACUUGGCAUAAAUGUCUACCACAUCAAGACGACAUGUCGCUACAAAGACCCAUGUCCCUACCUUUAAGGUCAAGGUCACACUUAUAGUUUGAAGGUACUCAAAUUCUCUCGACAAGAGUUUGAAGAUACACAUUUAUGCCCGGACUGUAACUUUGUCAUGCAUGGAAGGAUUUUAAAAUAACCUGUCACAAAUGUCUACCACUUCAAGACAAUGUGUCGCAGCUUAGGCUCAUGUCCGUCUGUCCGUGCGUCCCCACUUAAAUCACAAAAAUCAUGUCCAGACUGUAACUUUGUCAUGCAUUGAGGGACUUUGAAAUAAUUUGGCGCAAAUGUCUAUCUCAUAACAACAUUUUGUCGCGUCCAUGCUAUCACAAUUAGAGAUUACAGGUACAAUAAUACAAAGAACAAUAUUCAGCAAUUAGUUACUUUCAUUCUCUUUUCUUUUCAUAAUACCUGCAUGCUGAAGAAACCUUUUCAGGGGCAUUAGUCACUUGGGUGACAGCUCUUGUUUUAUUUAUUCUUUACUUUCAUGAAAUAAAGCAAUCGUUUUAAAUUAGUAUUCAAUGUAUUAUGACGGCAAUUCUUUUCAACAUGUUUUGAGAAAAAGAAAUAAUAGCAUUUUAGGCAUUAUGGGCCUUUAAAUAUAUGGCUUUGUAUUUCUUUAUUGGCAAUAUAGCAAUCUCCAAGUACGUGGACUGGACCUGUAUUUUUUAUGUAUAUUUCAUUAAAUAAAUAACAAUGUUUACUUUAGUAAUCAUUAACUGUGUAUUUUAUACGACGAAAUAGAAAUACUUAACAUAGUUCUUCCAUAUGUGAUAGGUGAUUUCUAUUUGAUAAAUAUAUAAUUGUACAUGUAUAUAAUAUUUACUUUAUAUGCUAGUUAUAGAAUUUAAUAUAUUUGCAAGUGAUAAGUGUUACUUUUCACGGAAUAUAAUUAUGUCAUAUUUGGUUAAAAUGCAUGUACAAUAAUUUAAUUUGAAAUCUGAAUAAACAAUUUUAAAAUCCUA